UAUUGCGAUGAGGUGAUGACAAUAAGAAACAACAAGUUGUCUUCAUACCACACUAUCAAAUCUCCCUGAUAUGCAAACUGAAAGACAACAGCGGCACGAUUACCAUCCCCACUCAUGCGACGACAAAGGACAGCCUCCCUCAUACAUCAUCCAUAACCACCGCUGUCCAUGAACUCGCCCAGUGAUGGAGACCCUCUUCAAUCGCCGGAACCACCACCUUCUUUCCCAAUCCUCGGAGUCCAGAAGACAAGGGCGGCUCCGAGAGAAGAGUCUCCUACUGCAUCCACAACAAGUCUUCCCCUCCGCGCCUCCAGUCCUACCCCCCUAGGGUCACGGAACAGCACCUUUUCGAGUGUCCUAUCACGCUCCAGCUCACCCAAUGGCAGACUCUCGCUGUCAUUUGCAAAAUUUGGUCGAUCUCAAGUGAACAGUCCUUUGGGGAACCCCUCGGAGAGUUACAAUGACACCAGAUCCCUCAUUGUCCGAGCAUUCUCACCUACAGUCGCAGUCUGUGCUGCACCCGAGGUUGACGAACUAGCCGUUCGCAAAGGCAUAAAAGAUGGAUUCACGGGGUUGGUACGACCUUUCGGAGACAAGAUCAAUGGUAAAGUUGUUGUAAGAGACAGCACCGGUGCCAGUAGAGCAUGGGAGGACUUUGGCGUGCAUUUUACGAACUUGAGCCAACUGGUUCAGAAUGGCAUGAAUCCUUCUGCAGAAGCGGGUCAUCUUGAAAAGGUCGAAGAAUUGAUGGAACAAUUCACAGGAGAAGGUUUCGAUGACACAGCUGAUGUUCCUGCCAGAGGCGAGGUAUCCCACUUCUACAAACUAUUCUUGGCCAGAUUACUAUGCCUGCAGUCAAUGAGCCCGCAUGAGUCUUUCCGGCAUCCUGUUGGUGCGGUCAUAGCUAUCAGCUCUUCUACCAACCAGCCUAUUGAGACGCUCCGGAAUCUUUACCAGCAGACAGCUCAAGGUUCAAACGCCUUACCAGCGUAUGCGAAUCCAGAGUACCUGCGGUACUAUGUGCUUGUGCAUGACGAAGAUCGGGAUGAUUUCAGCAAGUCGUCCGCGCUGUUCGAUCAGAUGAAACGCCAUUUUGGCCUCCAUUGUCACCUCUUGAGGCUGAGAUCUGUGCCAUGUACCGAAUCAGAUGAUGACACUGAGGAACUCCCGGUCUGCGAAUGGCUUUCACCAUCUGAACAACUCUCACUUUUACAAGAUACUGCACACCUGAUAGACCUUAAUGCUUCGACUUCGCCGUACAUAUUUUCGUCCGAUGUCACUUCGCUGCGGGGAUUUGUUCGCGAACUCAUCGCUCAAUCGAUUGUGUAUCACAUGGAGCAAAGGGUUGCAAUGUGGAAUGAACAGGUUGCAUCUCGACGGAGGGGCAUUUCUGGACGUUUCAUGUCUUUGUCGAAAAGGUGGACUGGAAUUGGAAGUUCACGAAAUUCUUCAGCGACCAGCCUGGGUGCUUCGGGAGCAAGUGGCAACUACGACAGUUUACAAGGAACCUAUCGGUACGAUGCUCCAGAAAGCCUUCUCCGCAAGCUAGCAGACUAUGCAUUCAUGCUACGAGACUACAAGCUGGCAGCGUCCACAUACGAACUUCUUCGAUCCGACUAUUCGAACGAUAAAGCAUGGAAACACCUAGCCGGUGCUAACGAGAUGUGCUAUGUCGCCACUUUACUUAAUCCCUUGACCAGCAGUGGCAGUUCCAAAUUCAAAAUCGAGAACUUUGACCUCAUGGUCGAAACAGCAAAUUAUUCAUAUCUGACCCGGUGCUCAGAUCCGGCAUUAGCAUUGAGAGCGACUCUGUUAGGCGUCGAACUACUCAAGGUUCGAGGGCGCGCAGCCAGUGAGCUUGCCGCUAAAUGGGCCAUCCGAUGCUUGGAGCUUGGUCUGGUGGGCAGUAUAGGACACGUUCUCCUUAGUGAGCGGGUUGCAUCUUGUUUUGCCGACCGCGUCGGUAUUGGCAACACUGGCUGGGGCAUGCGGAAGCGAAAAGCUGCGUUGUGGAAUGUCAUGGCCGCCGACGAAUGGAUGAAAUUGGGAAGAGCAGAAGUUGCGGCAGAAAAGCUGGACGAAGCCCAAGAGCUGUACAACGAAACAAAGACCAGCGAGUCCAUGAAGCAAUUCCAUGAGAUGGCUCAAUACGUGGAACAGUUGCGUCUUGCCGUCAGGAUCAAGCUUGGUGAGGCGAGAAAGAGGGGAUUCAGCGGAGCUACGCGACAACUGGAACUAGAUCUCGACGGCCAAGAACAGACUGAAGUUGAAGAUGAAACGCUGGAGGAGAUGAAUCCGCUCGAGAAAGUAGACAGCCCGAUCAACAGGAGGAACCUGAAGCCUGCUGGUGGUGCAGGCGUCAACCCAUUAGAACAAGCGCCACUGAGUCCAGUCCGACUAAACCGACCAGAUCCUUUGUUGCGAGAGGAUGACGAUUUUGAAUGAAGACAUGAAUGCUCUGUAGUCGUUGUGUUCCGAGGUAUGAAGAUUAAGAGCAGGUACUUAGUGUCAGGAUAUGGAAUACUUGUAAUACUCAUUGCCAACGA